AUGGCAAAGACAACCCUAAAUGAACAAUCUCAUGAUGAAGUACAGCUAACCGACGAUAAUGUUAAAUCAGCGACCACAGAUCUGCAAAUAAUUGAUGCAACAUAUGAUUUCUGUCAGCGGUUGAAGGCACAGAAUUUGUCCUUCAGGAAAUCUCAGGCGGAGGGCAUUGAAGAUCGCAAAUGUGUACAGAAUGGUUCUUACUGUCAAGAAGAACUGCUGGUAAAUCCAAAAUCACAAAACACAGAUGCGACAAGAUCUGAUAUAGAUGAACUUGUUAAAGGAUGUGUAUACCCAGUAUAUUCAAAAUCAGGCCGACGUUACAUUGUUAAAGUUUCGCCUGGAGGAGGUUUAGAAGCAUCAUUGCUUCUGCAGGCGAAAAAGUUAAAAGAAAGCAAUACAUUAGAGGAUGUAUGCUUGCCACUCCUUGUUGACCAUUACUAUCAUCAUAUGUCCAGUACCUAUUUCUUCACACUUGAAUUCUGUGAGUACGGCUCGUUGGAGAAGCUACUUGCAGACAAUGGCGCAGUACCCAUACAUAAACAAUAUAUCGCCAAAAUUCUACGUGGAGUUACCAAAGCAAUCUGCUUCUUACACUCGUAAUUUAUUAUGAUACUGUGUUAAGGAAAAAAAUGACUGGUUUUCCUUCCCACCAUAAUAUGUUGUUGUAAUCUUUGUAAGUCUUCCAUAAAGCGCAGUCUGGAUUGAUAUAUGUCAUCGGUAAGAGAUAGGUAGUGUGGAAC